AUGAACAUUAUUGAAGCAACUUUCUUCCUCUGCCUCUUUUCAUCUUCUCAUGUUUAUUUCGCCGGAGCUAAACAAACCGCCGGCAACAUCACGGCGUCGGAGAAUCCAUUCACACCGAGAGCCUCUUUGGUUCGCUAUUGGAACAAACGCAUAAACGGCGAUGCACCACAAUCUUCAUUCUUCCUCUCAAAGGCGUCUCCUUUGACGGCGGUUGAAUCCACGCGCUUCGCCUCACUCGCUUCCCGCCACGCGCUAGACACGCGUCCGUCUGAUUUCUGCUCCACCGCGAAGCUCUUCUGCUUCCCUGAGCUCGCCUCUCAUUCUCUCGAAAAGCACGGCGAUGACGUCAACUUCGCCGUUUACAGCCGCAAAAACUUCACCAGCUACGGCGACGACCGUCUCUCCGGAGUCGACUCGUUCAAAAACUAUUCCGGCGGGGACAACAUCGCCGUCGACUCGUUCCGCCGUUACAGCCGAGACUCCGCCGGACACGACGAUGAGUUUUCAAAUUACGCCGGAGAAGUCAAUGUCGCUGACCAGAGCUUCAACAAUUACGCCACCGAAUCCAUCGGAGGCAAUGGCGAAUUCACGAAUUACCACACAAAUGCAAACCAACCCAACGGAAGAUUCACUUCCUACUCCGACAAAGCCAACGGCCGAUCACAGUCCUUCACGGCGUACUCCGAAAACGGAAACUCCGGAGCUCAGACGUUCACCAGCUACAGCAAAAACGGAAACGGAGCUUCGAACGGGUUCUCGGGUUACGGAUCCGGGUCAAACGUAGUCAAAUCGGGUUUCACCGGGUACGGAGAGACCGCGAACGGAGAUAACGACACGUUCACGAGCUACGGCGGCAAUGGGAACAAUCCGGUUAAUCAAUUCAAAGGAUACGGCGUCGGAGGAAACGGCGCCGUUUAUGGGUUUAAGAACUACAGAGACCAAUCCAACAUCGGAGCAGACUCUUUCUCUUCCUACGCCAAAAACUCCAACAACGAGAAGGUCAAUUUCGUAAAUUACGGCAAAUCGUUCAACUUGGGAUCCGAUAAUUUCACGGGUUACGGCCAAGGCAACGUGAGCUUCAAAACCUACGGCCAAGGCCCGAGUUUCAAAGAGUACACUAAAGACGGCGUCGUUUUCGCGCGGUAUUCUAAUAACGCGAGCUCCAGUGGCAAACCUGUGAAUAAAUGGGUUGAGCAGGGUAAAUUCUUCAGAGAAUCGAUGCUGAAGGAAGGGACUUUCAUGCAAAUGCCGGAUAUUGUGGAUAAAAUGCCUAAAAGGACGUUUUUGCCCCGAACUAUAAUUUCGAAUUUACCGUUUUCGUCCUCCGAGACCGGCGAGAUACGGAGGAUCUUCGGCGCCGGAGAGAAUUCUUCGAUGGCGACAAUAAUCUCGUCGGCGAUUUCAGAGUGCGAGAGACCGCCAAGCCACGGCGAGACGAAGCGGUGCGUUGGAUCGGCGGAGGACAUGAUCGAUUUCGCCACCUCUGUCCUCGGACGCGGCGUGGUGGUGAGGACGACGGAGAAUGUCGUAGGGUCGAAGAAGAAGAUCGUUAUCGGGAAAGUCAAAGGAAUCAACGGUGGAGAUUUGACAAGAGCAGUUUCGUGUCACCAGAGUCUGUACCCGUAUUUACUGUAUUACUGCCAUUCGGUACCUCGGGUACGGGUUUAUGAAACGGAUAUACUUGACCCGGAGAAUCUAGCGAAGAUUAACCACGGUGUUGCCAUCUGUCAUAUUGACACGUCAGCAUGGAGUCCGAGUCAUGGAGCGUUUACGGCUCUAGGGUCGGGUCCGGGUCGGAUAGAAGUUUGCCACUGGAUAUUUGAGAAUGAUAUGACGUGGACUACAGUUGAGUAG